AACCUCCUUUCUUCCGGCGUUUCUGUUGUCAGACAGUCACACGUGUGAAAAUCUCGCUGAUUUUUAGGAAAAAUCAUGGAAAAACCUGUGGUUUUGGCUCGUGUUAUCAAAGUUCUGGGUCGCACUGGCUCCCAGGGACAAUGUACACAAGUAAAAGUGGAGUUUAUCGGAGAGGUGAACCGACAAAUCAUCAGAAACGUCAAAGGUCCCGUCCGGGAAGGAGAUAUUCUUACACUCCUGGAAUCUGAGAGGGAGGCCAGAAGAUUGAGAUAGACCCUCCACAUCUCUAUAUUCCUAAGUUAUGUCUCCGGAGGAUGUUUUUUGGCUGAAAAAUUCCCAGGACGAUGACCAAAAGUUGCAGAGUGGGAUGUUUGAUGCCAAUGGAUAAGAGAAUAAAUGUCAUCUGGAUCAAAAUACUAGGUGAUUUAAUUUUCAAAGUGA